AUGGUUCUAGAUCCUAGCAUCUUGGCUUUGACUUUCAACCACGUCGUGUUACCUUCCCAGCUCCCAGGAAAACACGACAGCAAUGAGGAGAGUCAAUUUAUCAACGCAGACUUGACACGGCGUCUUAUACAGUCUGUGGAAGUUCUCAAGAAACACUCUUCUGAUGAUCUCUCUGCUGCCUGGCAGGCGGUCAAAAGAUUUCUUGAGACCUGUGUACACGUGAAUGGAGAUGGAUUCGUCAACAAGGAUAUGACUCUACAGGCCUUGAAAGAGCUAAAUCCCGGAAAUGCCAUUGCCUUGUACAUUGUACAGCAGAAUGCGUGUCUUUUUGUGCGGAAGCCUGUUGACGAUCCGGAUGCCGUCGUUUUUGAAGCUUUCGAGGCAUCUCCUGCUGCGGAACAGACCCUAGAAGCAGAAGCGGCGCUGUUGUGGAAUUUUCCCGAUCAGGCAGUUGUACUCCCUAUCCAGGAGUUCAAGGACCCGGUGUUUCAGACAAACCUCGCGGCUUUUUUAGACCAAGCAAGCUCGGAGUCGGUUUAUGAAUUUUCUGCCAAGGCAAGGAAGGCUGGCGUGGAAGUUUCUGAAGCUCGGGAUUCGGCCAAUCCUGCUCUCAUUACCCAGUUCUUGAUGACUAUUCUAGCGACAAAUGGCGAAAGAGCAUGUCCACCUCUCUUGCAGAAACGGAUAAAGGAUGACGUCUGUUGGGACAAUGCGAAGGUGCCCUGGCGCCGGAGUCCCUUCUGGCUCAUUCUACGUGUAUGCACUGAACGUCUUCUUAUGUUUCAUUUAGGGGAAGAGCUGGGUCGCAUCCACUAUAAGUUUCUUCUUUGUAAGUUCAUGGCGAGACUUCUAGAGGACUCGAUUGAGAGUCUCAGUCCUCAAGACUACAAUCAUCUGAAAAUCAAACUUUGUCGACGUUUGGCGAAGCUGGCUUCGGAAACGGAGAGCUCGACUGGGCCGUCGAUGCUGGCGUACAGAAGCCUGCUAUCAAGCAUUGGGUCAUAUUGCCAGAUAUCCAUCAAUACUGCUACGAAUGCGAUAGACUACGAGUGGAAGGCUUUUAAGUCCCGCCUGCAGCGUAGGAUCCCACCACUCCCGGUCCAUGCUCAACCGCCGGACUUCGACCUCAGUCUUCGAAACAGCUCCGCAUUCUUCCACAGAAUACUUGAUUUCUCGAAGCGCUCCCGCUGGACCCCAUAUACCAUUGAUUGCAACCGCCUAGGUCAGCAUGUGAAGAAAUCAACUACGGAAGCAUUUCUCGAUAUGGCCACACGCUACUCCCGUUUGGCCGAGUUCGAGACAGCCAUCGGCAAUGAGGCGCGGGAAGUCCCCAAGGGCGUCAGGGAGUGCAAAGAUCUUUGUAUCAAGCUGAGUCGCCAGAUUGAACGGUAUCUAGAUGCCGUUGGAGACGCUUAUAAGGACGACCCCGAGCAAUUAAGUAUUUUUGUGCUGAAUUUGUUCGAGCUUUGGGUGCACAUGGAUAAAUGUGCUACUACAGUUUAUCCAUUGCUCAAAAAGUUUCAUCCCUGGGUAAAGCCAGAGCUAUUGGAUGUCCUGCUGCUAUCACGUCUUAGCGAUCUGGAGCGCCUGCACAAAAUACAGCACUAUCUCGGCAACCGCUGCCGUCAAUUACUGCCAGAUUCGAUGACGAUAUUUAGUGAUCCACAGUUAGAUUGUUUUACAGAUCAGUAUUUUGUGCGGGCCUCCGGUCAAUCGAUGCACCAACUUCAAGAGAGGAUUGAAGCAGAUUCGCUGGUGGCUAGAGCGAAUAAAGAGGCCGAGCUCAACACGGUUAAUGAGCAAUAUAAUGCCUUAACAGAGAAGAAAACAAUGAGCACCUGCACGCAGCGCCGAAGUGAAGAUGGGUCUCAUGAUAUCAGAGGGUGCAGUCACUGCUAUUACGUCCGCCGGCGCCGGCGCCUGAAGAUCGGAGUCCAUGAGGAUUUCCUCCCGGAGGAUAGGAAUAGUCCUAGCAAGAGGGCUAUCGUGUUUGAGCUAGGGAUGCCGAAAUCCUUUGAGGCAUACCGAAACGCUACUUGGAAUAUCAUCGCAAGUCUCAGCCAAUGGGGUGGUAGCACUGGGGAACCUGAGGUAGUCCUCGAAGAUUACUCACAGUUGACGAAGUAUAGCACCAAGAAUCGUUCUGCCUCACCAGAGGGGAUCACUCUGGCUUCGGAGACCAAGUCGUAUCUGGGGACGCACUAUAAGUGGAAGGCUCUACCGGCAUCAAGCCGCAAUGUUCUGCUUCCUUCGGGGUUGAAGUUUGCCUAUUACGACUCUAGACGUAAAAUUUGGCUGAAACGGUUUCCGAGAGAAUUGAGCUUCGCGCAUCUUUUCCAAAUCGACCUGCCCAAGGAUCAUCCCUUUGCAAGGCUUUAUUCCUCUCCACUAUUCCGAAUUGAGGGUCCUGGCCCUUCAUCCUACGAAGCUGUUGCCAGUGUCGCCGAAUGCCCUCGAACGCUCACGGUGCACGAAUAUAUGGCAAAUCACAGUCUGAUGGGCGGGAAGUAUCGCCGUUGGCUCUCUUUAAUCCUGGAGCUGGGCUCGAACAAUCUUGAUUUCGGUCUGCGGGAUACAGUGGCAUUCAUUCGAGCGCUGGCUCUCCAAGCUGGCCCUGGACCCACAGAAUAUGAUGACCCACGACUUGAUCAUGGGCUGUUAGUCGGCCGUGGGGGGAAAGAGAAAGACCAUCUACGGUCUGUUCAAGCUGUGUUUCGGGAUCAGGAGUUUUGCAGAAAGCUCAAUGAGCUGCUUCACCAGCACAUCGACCUUAUUCAAGCCAACUGGCGGGAGGCCAACUACAUGGAAACACUGCUUACAUUGGCGCUUCAGCUAUGGGCCUUCUGCUGUGAUAAUGUCCGUUCUGACGUCUUAGAUACGCUCCAUCGAAUCAGGCGGACCACGCUGGCUUGGAUCAUUCUGCUCCGAGAUGUGAUGCGGGGAUCGGAGGUAACUGAUACAGCGAAUCAAGCAGCAAGGCAUUGCUUCUUGUCUGCCCUGCUGUGCCGUAGGACCUUCCUACCUGAAGUGUUGGAUGACGGCUAUGACAUGGAUGCCCGAGGCUUUUCAGAUUUUCUCCAGGCAACCCUUUCAAUGCAGGAAGGUCUAGUCGUCGAUCUCGCAAAGUUUACGUCCAUCACACGAAGUAUGCUGGUCCGAGAUAUCAAAAUGACCGCCGCAAUGCGCCCCAAGCUUCAAGGCUGGGUAAAGGAGUAUCCAGAUGCGGUCGCCGAAGCCAUUGAUGCCACAUGGGAUGGGGCCACCCGACGACAAUACGAUGAAUGGGAGUUCGUACCGCUUCUAGAUGAUCCUUGCUGGGUCACAACAACGGUGAGGGCGUUGGAUUCUGGCAAUCUUCAAACUAUACAUCUCCAUCUAAUCCAAGGACACCUUUUGCUUGACGGCCAGACGGUCGGGAAAUUGCCGACUGACAUAACCGACUCGGCGACACUGAAAGAGCUGUUCGGCAACCAAAGACUCUUUGCGCUCCCAUCGGAUAUGGCCGAUAUGCAAUAUGUGCUGGCGUUCAACAAGGAGGGACAUCAGAUUCACAUUGGCUUUCGCAACGAAGAACUGGUGGUCAGGGCUCGACGAGCUGGCUCUGUGAUAGAGCUGGUCCCUCGUCAUGUCUUUGGUAUCGGCGAGGACUUGGACCUACCAGCCGCACUCAUCGAGAAUUGCGUCCAUUGGGUGGACCUAAAAACUGGCUUACUACAGAUCCGAAGGAAAUCCCAUCUUUGGAACGACAAAUUUUGGACGGUGGAUGUUCAUGGCCGCCGCGCGCAGCGUAACCGCAUUUCCUUAAUCGACCAAAGAAGCAAUGUUUUGCAGUCUAUUGCACGGAUUUUUCGCGACUUUGAGGAGCCUCACAAUCUCCUGGUCACUCAAACUUGGGAAGGUCAUAUCUGUGUGGAACUUAAAAGAAUGAAUCUGUCAUUCCAAGUCAACAGAAAAGGUCUCCUGCAAUGCAAACAGCUACCUGCCGAGGUGGAUCCAAACCAAGAUGCAGGCACCUUUUAUGGACUGCAAAGUAUGCUUGUCUUACGAAAUGUGUAUAAUCGUGCGCAGCAGAGUAUCAUUGUGCCCCUCGGACUGCCAGAAUAUCGAAAAAUGGGCAUACACCUUGUGGUUCGAAUCAGAAACCCAGACGGUUAUGCAAGGUACACUGUUGAUAAUGUGCUGGGCAGGCUACAAAGUCCCCAAGAUCUGCCGAUCUUGUAUACUAAAGCUUUGUUACAUGCGUACACAUCCUUUCCUAUUCCAGACCCGCUUACUGGCCGGACAGGAACCGAGGAAGCGUUAUUUUGCUUGCAAUCCGGUGAUUGUCAACCUUGGAUGCCAAUUGCAGAGACAGAGCAAGGUAUCCUGCGAUGCAUAGCGAACUUGACUCCUCAGCGCCACUACUACCCCAAAAAUACAAAACGCCAGCAAAAUGUUCAGUGGAACUCGGGCUUGCCAGCGUUUAUCCAGCACGAUGCUUAUUGGGCAGUCGUUGACUCUAUCACUUCAAAGUCCCGUCAACUGUCCCAAUUCUAUUUGGACGCUACUGAGCCUCAUCCUGACCUCAAACUAGAAACACUCCCAGUUGAACACCUCCGUAAGCGAGCCCUCUGGCGUCGCUCCCUCUACGAGCGGUCUGUUCUUCUGACUGGAGAACCCACGGGUCAGAGUGACCUGAAAUACAUUAGUCGCGGCGGCUGGAUCUCUAAUAAGCGCAUCUCGAACGUUCGGGAGAUCGUUAAACUUAUCAAUGUUCAACCAUCUUCUAUCCACACAACAUUUUCUUUAGCCAAGGUGUUUCAACGCUGGCCCCUUAUUGGGGGAUACACAACUACCUUCAAAUCCCUUUCACUAGAAGAUUGUCUUUCCAUCCAACCCGCUCAUCAUUGGGGAGGUUUGAUCAAGCUCUGCAGGCAAUGUUCUUCGGCGGAGAAAUACAAGAUUAUCUUCCAGCUUGGACUGGUGGCGUUUCGAGAUGGUAUUGACAUGACCGUCUUGAGAGUGAUUGUCGCAUUUUUUGUGCUAGAGGAAUUGAAAACCGUGCGGCUUCCACCCAACUCAUCGUUCACCAACUUCAAAAAUGGCGAGAUACCAACUCAUGAAAUGAUAAACAAGCUUGCCGCGCCGUUUCUUGAAUCAUUUCAAGUUCCGACUCUCCCACCAAGGCGGAAGAAGAAUCAUAAUUUAUUACCAAUGGCUGAGAGGGUUGCUAUUGCUCGGACAGAGCAUGAGAAGAAAUGUGACCAGGCGAUGCGGGAAUUUUCCAACAACCUAAUCAGCCAAUGGCCAUGUCUCAGGCCAUCAGUAGAGGACUUAGAGCUGGAGGGACUCGACGUUGCUCAGGCAGCGUCUGCGGUUUACGAAGAAUGGGGUCGAAUUUAUGCGAACCUGGAACUCGCUAAUCACGCCAGCGAGGUACAGCAGAUCCUCAAAAAGCAUUUCUCCCCAGAAAAUCCACGUGAGACGACUUGGGCUCCGUUGGAGCAUGAAAUUUUUGGUAAAAAGACCCGUUGCGAUUUCAGACUGCCUCAACUGGAAAAUCACCUGCUAUGUCGACCAGGACCUUUGCUUGACGUUUACCAAUGCAGCCUAAGUCAUCUGGGAAGCAUAACUGCAUCCACCUCGUCGAUCUCAAGACAAAUCGGAGACAAAAACGCCAAGGCCACGAAAACCGAGGUUUUGGAAAUCGAAAGAAUUGUGGAGGGCUUGUUGGAUUCUGAGUGUCCAGUUAAACGGAAGUACAGCGAGGAUCUCAUGGAAAGCAUUACUUCGUUGAAGAAGAUUGACACACCCGUGAAGGCAGCGCCAGAGGUCAAUUUUGGCACGGAAGUUGGACGCAUCAAUGCGGCAAUUUGGGCGGCACGAGCUGCGAUUGAACAUAGGCGAGGUCUGAUAGCGGAGGCGCUCUCACGCAAUGACCCUAGGCAUGUCUGGUUAGAACAGUGCAAUCUGUGGCCGUCCAUGGGCCCAAUCGCCCUCCUUCAGCAACUACGAUCGACGAUUCAGUCUCGCAGUGCCUUUGGACCGGGUAUGAAGAUGGCCUUGGUUUCCUAUGGUCAGUCUAUCUUGGAAUUACAGCGUUUGAUCCGUAUAAAACAAGCCCUUGCGAAGAAGGACAACACGAAGUUGCAACAGGAGUUGGAAACCCGAGGUCAUAGAAAUUGGCGACCUUAUGAAUUCCCUGACUGGCUGCUGUUAGAACUGGAUGCAAACAUCAUCCUCCGGGAUGAACAAGUCACUGUCGCCUUAGAGAUGAUUGAUCCCAACUCUGGGGCGAAUUCCGUGCUCCAAAUGAAUAUGGGGCAAGGCAAGACAUCCGUCAUCAUGCCAAUGGUUGCGUCUAUUCUAGCGAACGGUGAGAUGCUUACCCGCCUUUUGGUGCCUAAGGCAUUACUAUCCCAAACAGCGCAGAUUCUCCAAUCGAGGCUUGGGGGCUUGCUUGGGAGGCAGAUCACCCACAUCCCCUUCUCCCGACGGACUCCAACGACACAGGAACUGAUAACGCACUAUCAAACUAUCCACGAGAAUAUCCGUCGGGAAUCUGGUAUUCUGCUGGCCAUUCCCGAGCAUGUGCUAUCCUUCAAGCUCAGUGGCCUACAACGUGUCUCGGAUGGCCAGUUCUCAGAAGCUACCGCCAUGGUUGCUACUCAAGAUUGGAUCACUUGCGUUUCUCGUGAUGUGAUUGAUGAGUGCGACUUUUCUCUCGCUGUUAGAACUCAGCUGAUCUAUCCCAGCGGCUCACAGUUGGCUGUAGAUGGUCAUCCUCACCGGUGGGAAAUCGUGAUGGAUAUUCUAUCACUCAUUGCGCGCCACUUACCAGAUCUUGCGCAUGAGAUGCCUCGAAGCAUUGAAGUCGUGAAUCGAGCUGAUUUUCCCGUUGCACAUUUUCUACGCAAGGAUGCGGAGAUCGCACUUGUUGAAAGAUUGGUCAAUGAUAUCUGUAAUGGCCAAGCAAGCAUACUUCCUGUUCACAGAUAUGCGGGUGCCGAUCUCGCUGUAGUGAGGACUUUCAUUUCCGAGGAGAUUGUUGAUCUCUCGACAAGUGAUUGCACUGCAGGAAUGUUCUCAGAUCAGCCUCAUGUCCGGAAAAUGCUGUAUCUUGUUCGUGGAUUGUUGGUGCAUGGCAUCUUACUUCUUUGCUUGAAGAAGCGAUGGAAUGUCCAGUAUGGUCUUCAUCCCGAACGAGAUCCGAUGGCAGUGCCAUUUCUUGCCAAAGGCGUCCCCUCCGAGCAGGCUGAAUGGGGUCACCCGGAUGUGGCAAUCCUCUUUACCUGCCUGGCAUUUUACCAUGAAGGUCUUACAGUAAAACAGUUGCGACAAGCUCUUCAAGCUGUACUUCGAUCUGAUGAUCCCACUGCUGAGUAUGAUCGAUGGACACUGACAGCAAAUACUCUACCAGAAUCUCUUCGUUACUGGAAUAUCCUAAACAUUGAUGACGACGGACAGAUCCAUGAAUUGUGGCGCCAUAUUCGCUUCCAAGUAGCUGCCAUCAAUUAUUUCCUUAAGGCAUUCGUCUUUCCCGCUCAUGCCAAACAGUUUAGCAUCAAGCUCCAGGCCUCCGGAUGGGACCUUCCUUUAUUGAACAACAGCCACCAAUCUAAUGAGGACAAUCCCAUCCGGGGUGCGGGGAUUACCACGGGCUUUAGUGGGACAAACGACAAUCGACGACUACUACCUUUGACAAUUCGGCAAAAUGAUCUCCCCGAGCUCGCUCAUACUAAUGCGGAGGUCUUGACCUAUCUUCUCCAGACACGAAAUCGUCAAUACAUGUUAGCUGCGAGGUCUGAUGACAAGCGGUUCUCCGAACUAGACUUGCUAGCGCACCUCAAAGAAAAGAGAAUCCGUGUUCUCAUCGACGCGGGAGCCUUCAUUUUGGAAAUGGACAAUCGUUCCUUGGCCUCUGCCUGGUUACAGCAGGAUCAAGACGCCCUUGUGGCAGUCUACUUCGCGGAAGACAACAAGCCAUGGGUGCUCUAUCGGACUGGGAAAGCGAGCCCGCUGAUUGCUACUCCUUACUUAGACAACAUGGACAAGUGUCUAGUGUAUUUAGAUGAAGCACAUACCAGGGGAACCGAUCUGAAACUACCGCUCAAUGCUCGAGGUGCAUUGACACUUGCUUUGCAUCAAACGAAGGAUCAUACAGUGCAAGCUGCAAUGAGAUUGCGGCAGCUAGGCACGACUCAAUCGAUUACCUUCGUUGCCCCGCCCGAAGUACACCAGAGUAUCUUGGAUGUGCGAAGGCAAAACAAAAGGGGCGACUGUCGCCUUGACUCGUCAGAUGUUGUUGCCUGGUUGCUUGAUCAGACCUGCGCUGCGAACAGGGACUUGCUUCCUCUGCAUUAUGCUCAAGGGGCGGAUUUCUGCUAUCGAAUGCAAGCGGCAGCAAGGUACGAAAGGUUUCUGACAAAGAGCACCCACCGAGAUAAGUUCCUUCGGCUUGUGCGACAGGCCGAGCAACAGACACUGGAGCAACUGUAUGAUCCUCGUUCUCAAAAGAAUCGAGAGGCGUCGAUCUCACGAGAGGCAUCUGGGUUUCACCUGGAGGGGGAGUUGAGGGUGUACAUGGAUGAACUCAGCGCCACUCGUCACCUCAGUCAAGAUCUGAGCCUCAUGAAGACAUCGGCCCUGGAAGAGGUAGAGCAGGAGCGUGAGGUUGCAUAUGAAGUCCAAGAGGAAAGGCAGUUACAGCGACCACGGCGACAGAAGGCUCUCGAAUUUCCCGGCGUUAAUGAGACAAUCCUGGAAUUCGUGCGUACUGGGUUUUUGAAAGGUUCAAGUGGCUACAUGAAGGCUUCGAAAGCCCUUUUGUCUACAGAACUAGCCCGAAAGCACCAAAUUACUGCGCUGCCCUUCAUGCCACGUCUCUAUGCUUCUGCAGAGUUGACACGAACCAUUAAGCUGCGAGAGGGCGAGCGGAAUGAUAAUUUUGCGCGCCCAAUUAACUGGAUACUGUGGAGUAUGACAUCCAGUACAGCUCUUGUUAUCAUCCCAGAAGAGGCUGAAGCUAUAAUACCGGUGUUGCGUACGCUUGAAAACCCCUCGGUACAUCUGAUACUCUAUGCGGCGCCUUUCACCAGGAGGAUGUUACAGUUUAACCGCUUGAGAUUCUACGCCAUCCCUGAACUUCCCAAGGACUGGCAUCCGCCAUCUUGGCUUUCUUUUGAACUUGGUAUACUUGCAGGGCGACUGUACUUUGAGUUUGAGGAAUACCAGGAUAUCAUGGAUCGUCUUCAGCUUGACGCUAAAGAUGGAUCGAAUGGAGAAUCGAGCGGCAGCCUGUGCCUUGGGAAUCGUCUUGACAAGAAACACUUGCAAUUUCUGCAGGAAUGGCUCACUCUUCGCCGUCAUGGGCAAGACAUCUCCCAUACACCCAUGGGAUACGUGUGCCAGGGGUGGCGACUGCGCGAUGACCAUCCAUUCUUCUCCACUCAGGAAGGUGAAAGGAGAAACGCAACCGAGCUUUUCCCUCGCGCGAGCCAAGCCAACGGUACUAUAUCGGAGCAAGUCUUCUAUGACAGUGAUGAGGAAGAUCUUAUCGUUUUCGACGCUGGGGAUGACGCUGAAUCGGAUCAUGGUGAUGCCAUACACACCCUAGCUGAGGGUGAGCAUGGUCCUUUUUUUGUGAAAGAUAUCUCGAAGAAGCUGACACUGUAG